CAAUCAUAUCAUUCUACUUCUGAAAUUUUGUAAGUUUACCGAAAAAUCAAAAUGAAAAUCAUCAUUGCUUUCUUGGGCCUGAUCUCAGGCAUCAGUGCCGUUCCUUUCCUCGAGAAAAUUGUUCCAAGCUACUACUUACAAGACGAGCGAUUGGUGAGUGGUUCUAUUGAGAGUGCUAUUCAAGACGCCAGCCAGUCCAUCAAAGAUGCUGGACUCGACCCGUUCCACAUCAAGAGAGAAAGUUCCAGUUUCGCCCUACCUGUGCCAGUUAUCUUCAACUACGAGGCGUUUAUUGAGGAGAUAUUGAGCACCGGUCUCAGUGACAUCAAGAUCCACAGAGUCAACUACAACAUUAUCACUUCCCGCCUUAACUUCGAUAUUGAGUUGCCUCUCAUACACUUUUCCGCAGGUGCUGCUGCAGCCGAAGGAGUACUCUUCAGCAAUAACCUCGAUUUCAGCGCUUCUGGCAAAGUGGAGAUCGUGAGCAUCCGUGUGACAGGCCAGGUCCGUGUCAGCAUCGGCAUCAUCUCUGGCAUCUCAAUCCGCAGCAUCACCAUCAAUUUGACUCUCAGAGACAUUGUCUCUGAUGUGAACCUGGUCAUCCUGGGCAGAGACCUUUCCGACGAGUUCAACAAUUUCGUCGGCUCAACUAUUCCUAACACUAUCAAGGCUCACAACAAAGAAAUCAACGAGCUCUUGGAGAUAGUUCUACUGGAAGUCAUCAAUGCUAAUUUGUAAUUUUAUUUUACGUUUUUAUAUUACGGACUGAUAUACUCAUAGUCUUAAUAGGAUAUGGUUUAUAAAAUAAAUGUUUUUGUUUUGCAAUAA